CUCAUGUGAGAGGGGUGGUCAUGAUAAUUUUCCCACUUUUCCUACCGCCUUACUUCUCUCUCUCUCUCUCUCUCUCUCCAGCAGCUGCAUGGGAUGGCUGUGGGCUUCCAUUAAUCUCCAACCCUAAAGCUCACUCACACCAUGUUGUUUAUGGGUUUUUUGAGCUACCCAUCUUCUCUUUCCUACCCAUCUUCUUUCCUAUUCUAUCUCCUCCUCUCCUCAAACCUUCAACACUCCAAACCCCAAACUAAACCUUCUCUUCUUCCCUCUUUCUUGAAGCCCCCACAAUCACAAUAGUUAAGUCUUUUCAACCCACAGACUUCUCGGAAUCUGCUCUCUGUUCUCAGGCCUCUUUUUUCUGCUCUACAAGUAGGUUCUUGCCUUUUUCAAUUUCUUGAUUAGUUUCCUACUUUGAACCUCCAAAAUCACAUCUUUGUGUUUCUUGGGAUUUUAAAGUCAAAACCCAUUUCUUUUUUCUAAUCUUUUUGCAGAUCUCCAAAGCCAUAGGGUUUUUUGGGUAGUUUUAUCACCUGCCCAACCUUGUUUCCUAGAACUCUUUUAGUUUGAGGUGGGAAUCUUAUAAGGCCUUUAGAUUUUCAUAACCUUGAUAGUGAAUUAUUGAAAGAUUGUGGGUUUCUAUUAAAAUUGUUACAAGAUUGCAGCUCUUUAAGCAGUUGAGUUAAUUGGGUCAAAACUCUGCUGCCAAAAAUUUGUUGGCACCUUUGGCUAUGCAAUUAGGGUUUCGUUAGGGUUUUGUGAUUUUGUUAUCCAAACAUGGCUGCAAGUGGGCACUGUUUUGUAGAAUGGAAAGAGCACUUUGUUUCAAAGGAGCGGGGCAACCGUGUGGUGCACUAUUUUUUGAAGGAUAUUUCAGGGGAUUCCAUUCUUGCUGUUAUUGGCAAUGAAAGGAGUGUUAGGCACAUGUUCUAUGUUGUUUCUGAGGAGUUCUUGAAUGCUUUUGGGGCAGAGAAGUCUGUCCAUGCCGGCUUCAGAUGGAGAUCAAGGAGAGAGGUUGUGAAUUGGCUUACAUCUAUGCUAUCAAAGCAGCAUCGGCUAAGCGAUCGGUCCAAACCACUGAAGAAUGAUCCAGCAACUGAAGUCGGUGGUCAACAAAUAAAAAUGCCUGACUACAAGGGCCGUAUGACGAGGAAUUUAAAAGAACACACUUCAGACAUUGUGUGGUCAGGUGUUCCAUGGACUUGCGGUAAACAACUGAAGCACUAUCCAGCAUUUUGCAGGAAUGGGAUUACGAUAGCAAUACAAUCCUUUGUCUUUGUCAUGGCGGAUGAAGAAAAGCACUACCUUGCAUAUCUAGAAGAUAUGUAUGAAGAUAGGAAGGGACAGAAAAAGGUCAAAGCCAGGUGGUUUCACCAUAAUGAAGAAGUCAAGGGCGUGGUUUCUCUACGAAAUACUCACCCCAAAGAAGUUUUCAUCACACCUUAUGCACAGGUCAUCAGUGCAGAGUGUGUUGAUGGUCCUGCCAUAGUCUUAACUCGUGAACAUUUUGAGAAAUGUCUUACUGUUUUUCCAAAUGCUUUGUUAGCCAGAGUACAUCUUUGCUAUAGACAAUUUAAAAGCAAUCGUGUGAAGCCCUUCAAAUUGAGUGAAGUGCGUGGCUACUUUAAUCAACCACUUUUCUCAUGUUUGGAUAUUGAUUUCUUUGACAAUGGAGAAUUUAGCCCAGGGGACAAUGUAAGGGUUGGAGCUAAAAGGACGAGAAGUUGUAGAGGUCGUCAAAUGUUGACAUAUGAACCAUCAUUGAAGUAUGAUUUGUUUAGUAGGAGACUAAUUUCCCACAAGCAUGCUGAAUUCCGGCUUUCGCAUACUCCCAUCUUUAAGGGUAAUGAAAAGAUAGAGUUGCUUUGCCAAGAUAGUGGUAUCAGAGGCUGUUGGUUCAGGUGUACAGUCUUGCAGGUUUCUCGGAGACAUAUGAAAGUCCAAUAUGAUGAUGUGAAAGAUGAAGAUGGAUGUGGCAAUCUUCAGGAAUGGGUCCCUUCUUUCAGACUGGCCAUGCCUGAUAAGCUUGGAAUGAGAUGCCCAGGUCGCCAAACAAUCAGGCCUGCUCUCCCUCACGAUCAGGUAGACCUCACCUUUGAGGUUGGAGUUGCGGUGGAUGCAUGGUGGAGUGAUGGCUGGUGGGAAGGGGUGGUGACUGGAAUUCUCAACUCUGGAGAUGAAAGUCUGCAAGUUUACAUUCCUAGUGAAAACUUACAUUUGAACAUAAGUAGAAAGAAUCUAAGAGUUUCAAGAGAUUGGAUGGGGGACCGGUGGGUUGAUAUUGAGGUGAAUCGUGACAUUGUCUCAACCAUAUCUGAAGCUAUCGGCCCAGAUACAAAGGUUUCAGCAUCUCCAAUUGUUGUGAAGGGGCCCCAAUCUGAAGAUUUUCCCAUGUCAAGUCACGAAGUUUCCACUACUUCCAAACUUGAUAUAGUCGAGGAGGAGAAGGUUGACUCAUUAGAUGAUUCGGCCCCUUGUGAUGACCUUUCAAGAGAUACGGAUUGGGUGAACGACGAGAAGCAGCCAAAGGUUAAAGACGGAGAUAAUAGUAAUCAUGUUAAUGACAUUAUUGAAAAAGAGAAUGCAGAUUAUGUCAACCAUGAUAAUGAUAAUGUAGAAGAUUAUGAUAAUAAUGAUGGUAAUGAUGAUGAAGUUGGUGAUGGGGAUGAUAAUGGGUGCAAGUUAGAGGAGUUUGAAACUGCUGGGCAGAAAUGUGAAGCAGAAUUGUUGGAAGUGGUUGCAUAGUUUGUUUGACAGAAGUUUGUAGUUCCAUGAAUCAGCAAGACUUUGUGGUAGCCAUUGAUAACAAAAGUGAAGCAAGUGUUUUAGGUUAUACAUAAAUAGAAAAAAAAGAAAAGGGUUGGGACUUGCAUUGUAAGUUCUGUUUAACUUGGGUAGAUUUAGGUGUACAGCAAUGAGGUUAGAAUUCUUUGGUGAGUUCUGUUCUUUAACUGAUUGUUUUAUAAAUAGGCGCCGAGGAUCCAUUUAAUUAGAAUCUCACUGAUGAGUUGGAUCCUUUUCAGUUCUUACUCUUUGUAACUUUCUAGUGUGUUUUUGUGCUUGUACCUUGUGCCGACGACAUUAAAUUUACUUGUUAUGCUAGAAUUAUUUUGUCAA